UUGUCAGACGGCAAGCAACUUAUCAUAAAUUUCAUUUACCUUUCAGGUUCUGUUGCGCAAACUCCUGUGAAAAUCAACAGGCACGGAUCCACGGGGGCAAACAAAGGGGACAAUACCAAACAUCGGAAACGUGCAUCGGGAAAGGAUGAUGUGGUUCAGGCAUCAGGCAACUUCAGGAGAUCCCUCUCGGACUCAGAGAAGCAGGCAACGGACGGAAACGCGUCCGGAUCAGUUGGCUCAGCACAUCAAGGCAGCGAUGAUAGUGAUUCAACUAGUGGUGUGGACGGGAACAAUGGGGCAGAUGACCUCGGCAUGGAUAUGGGUUCCUCAGGUGAUUCCAAACGUACAAGAACUGCGUACACCCGACAACAGAUCCUCGAGUUGGAGAAGGAAUUCCACUAUAACAAGUACCUCACACGUAAACGGCGCUUGGAAAUCGCGCAUACGCUCAACCUUUCCGAAAGACAGAUAAAAAUCUGGUUUCAGAAUCGUAGAAUGAAAUGGAAGAAGGAGCACUGUCUUCCGGGAAACAAACAAAGUUGGAAUGGAAGUGCACAGAAGGAUGGUCAGUUCAAGCAGUCUCACCUGCCGACGGGUGACUACGAUCGUUGUUAUCAUCCCACUGAACAGACACAACAACUCAGUGCUCCUCGAUUUUUGUCGGCACCACCACCACCACAACAACAACAGCAGCAACAACCCCCGACAGCCCAGUCAACAUUCACACAGUCUUCACCCAACUCUUUCCCUCCCGCAAACUUCUAUUCGGGCCUUCUGACAAACUGGCCCAUGAAUUCCAUUACCUCUGUCCCUCCCAGUCCCCUCACACCACCUUCAAAGCCUCAUGCUCACAUACGGUCGGUUAGUGGUGAGUUAUCUUCAACAGCCAGUUACGAGCCAGAUCUGUACACGAAUGUCAAUCGACCAUCACCUCCCCUACCGCAACAUCAACAGCAUCAACAGACCUUCUUUACCCAAAAGUCCAAUUUGAGGUCUUCCCUACAGAUCCCCCAGAUGCAGCAACACUUUGCCUCCGAGGAGGAACUCGACAUUCCGCGCAUGGAUCCCAACCUGUCUGAGAUGGGUCUGAAAAAACAAUGUCAUGUGGAGAAGUAG